CCGAGACGAGCAACCAGGAGACUUUACCUAGCUAGAACUCUACAGGAGACCGGGCCGUGAAGCAGAAGGAGUGUCAGGAGAGAGGCCUGUGACACGCUAACUCGUGUCAUUCGCGCAAGACACAGAUUGACAAAAAAAUUAAAGCGGACACGAUGCUAGCUACCCCGCCAGCAACUGCCUUUGAUAACGAGCAUGCAUCGACGCAGCCGUCUUCACACUUCAAAGAGGGGCUUUUGAGCCAUGUCACGCAUGAUGAAUUGAUUGCAUCGCUCGAGAUUGCAACACCUAGCAAAAUGGCGAGACGCGUGCCAGAUGGAUCUACGCGCACCAACAACAAUGCACGACAAAUAAGCGGGCCUUUCGAGGCGCGACUUGCACGGCUACAGGCGCUUGCACUGCGUCAACUCAGUCAUGCAGGGCAAGCGGAUGCAAGUGAAGAAGACGAAACGGCAUCUGCCGAGCGGAUUGAUGAAGCGGCUGAUCUUCUCAAGGACUUGCAAGCGGAAGAUGAUAUUGCUUGGGCGCUACAGGGACGUCAAGCAGCUGCGUAUUUAGAUGACAUGUUUACAACUCUAUCAACAAAACAGAAAGAGACGGCGGAUGAUGAGCUUGCUGCGAGAUUGCGAGAAGCAGGACCAGCUUUGGCGCGCGUUCGGAUACAGCUACAUGCGGCGGAUGAUUAUGAAGAUUGUCGUGGGUCGCUGGAUGCAAUUGAGCAGGAGAUCAAGUCUCUGCGCACAGCCAUCUAUCAAGUCGAGGAACAACGUCACGUCGCUGUACCGCCUGAAGCGAUUGCACCAGACGUGUUGGCUGGUAUUCUGCGUGAAGAGCCAGAGGGCGAAGACACAGGUACCCCAGGCAAAGUGGUUGGGGAUGACUUGCUGAGUCGCUGGGACCGGCAAUUAACAGAGACCAUGAUGCAGCUGUCCAGUCGACUACAGCCUCUGCGUGCAAGUAUCAGCUUGUUUCGCCCGCGCAUUGAAGUCUUUGAGAUGCGAGCUGCUGGAUGUUUCCCAACAGCCGUUGUAUCAUUGCAGGAAAAGUACACGAGCAUUGAGGGCGAGUUCAGUAUCCUUUCUCGUGAUUUUGGCACGCUGAAGCAAGAGCUCGGAGAGGAUAAGUGGAUGGCGGUGUUUCGACAAGUCAACAAGCAGGCGUCCGAUAUGAUGGAAUCGCUCGAGCGCACGGCCAAGCGACUCGGUGCAGCACCGUUCAAAGGUGUCGAUGCCGAGAAGCUCGCGACAGCGUUUGAAAUGAAGGCAGAGCACUAUGGCAAAGCCAUUCCGGCUGUCCUGAACAUUAUGCAUGCUGGUGUCAAGAAUCGAGCCACACUCAAUGGAGAAGUCAUUCGUGGAUACGACUUGCUCCUUCAACGAUGGCAUGCGCUCGAAAAGGAGAUUGAUGCAAUGCAUCGCAGACUAGAGAGUGCCAGAGCUGGUGGAAUGAUGCGACGUACUCUGGGCGCUGCAAGCGGGAAUCGGCAGUCUCCCGAGCGCAAGUCCAGCGCAUCUCUACUGAAAAGUGCAUCCAAGGGACCACACCCAAGACUAUUGCAGCCUGGUACCCCUCGACGGAUACCAAAGAUUGAGCGAUGCGAGUCGCCGUCACCGGCUCUGUUUCGCAGAGACGUUUCUCUAGAUCCGCCUCGCAGUCGGUCACGUCUGAGCAUGCACGGUGGUGGUAGUAGCACGCAGACUUCUCUCUCACCGCAGAAGCCGCCGUGGAAUGCAGGUACGGCCGUUGCAAGAAUGCCAGACUCGCGUAUCCCUUUGACGCCCAUGCGCAGUGCCUCUCGGCUGGCGUCUCAUGAGACUGGUCGGGUUGGCGGUGCUCAAUCUUCUCUUGGCUUUCAUCGUGCUUCGGGAGCGACAACGCCUGUGCAUGGCUCCAGGCGUGCUUCUGUGAAUCCAAGGGGAACGCCGAGUCGUGCAGCGAGUGGUGUCAUGCGCUCGCCUGUACCGCCUUUGCCCACACAUCUGACUGCAGAGACUAUUGAACGCUUGUCACGACCCAAGGCACCGCAGCUGGGCAAGUUGCCACCACCGCCGUUGCCAGCAUUUCAAACGCCCGUCAAGCAGCAAGGAAUGUCUCGUCUACGGCCCAUCACGCCAUCUGGGAUUCCUUCGCUGAAAAAGGGCGUGCCGAGCAGUGUACCUGGGUUGGCGAGUACACGGCGAGAACGAGUUUCUGGCAUUGCUCGGCCACAAACGAGUGAUGCUGUUCCAGAGCUGCGAGCACCGUCAAUCAUGGGCACUGCAGCGUCUCGGAGAAGCAGUAUGCUUCCUGUUCCUAGUCCACGUAGGCCAGCCCGAUCAUAGCGAGCUGUAUGCAUAACUUAUUGACUCUGG